UCUGCUGCUGUAGCCACCAGCCGGUCUCACCCAUCCCUCCUCCAAAUCUGUUGCACUCCUCUUCCUCCUCAGCUCCUAGGGUGUGAAAUCAAAGGAACGCCAAGAUGUCGGAGAAAAAGAUGUCUUCGAGUCGGAGGCAUUACCUGAAGAGCUUGAUGCUCUCCAUUGCUAAAGGCUUACUUGAAGACGAGGCAAAGGAGAAAGAGCAGGAGAGAAUAAGAUGGAUGGCGGAGAACUGCCCUCCCCUGUCCCUGCCAGGGGGUACUCAACAGUUACAGGAGUUCUUGAAAGAGUUGCAUCAUAAGAUUGACGUGAUAGAUGAGGAGAGAUAUGACCUGGAGAGCAAAGUGAACAAAGCUACUAAGGAGAUUGAAGAUUUGAACAUUAAAGUUAUUGACUUGAAGGGCAAGUUCAAGAAGCCAACUUUGAGGAAAGUGCGUAUGUCUGCUGAUGCUAUGCUCCAGGCUCUGCUGGGCUCCAAGCACAAGGUGUCUAUGGAUCUGAGAUCCAACCUGAAACAAGUAAAGAAGGAGGUCAAAGAGGAGGAUAAGGAACUGCGUAACGUUGGAGACUGGCGUCAGAACAUUGAAGACAAGUCUGGAAUGGACGGGAGGAAGAAGAUGUUUGAGUCCGAGGGUUAAUUUAGUCUAUCAUUUCCCUGUACACUCUAAAAAGAAAAGGUUCCUGGAGUGUCCUUUAGGGGUUCUUCAAAUUGAAACUGUGGGGGAACCCCU